AUUAAAUUAAAACAGUAUAUUUGUGAAGAAUGUGGAGAUUAUUUGCAACUGAGUAGUUCAGAUAGAAUUGAUUUUUUGAUCGAUGAGAAAACGUGGGCUCCUUUCGAUGAAGACAUUCUUUCUCGGGACCACCAUUCAAUUUGAUGAAGACUCUUCUGAAGAAUCAUCGGAAUACCCUUAUGAAGACUUUUCAGAAGACUCUUCUGAAGAAUCGUUGGAAUACCCUUAUGAAGACUUUUCAGAAGACUCUUCUGAAGAAUCGUCGGAAUACCCUUAUAAAGACCCUUCUAAAUACUUUUAUCAAGUAUUUUCUAAUUAUGAAAACUCUUAUGAAGAGGAUCUUGAUUUUUAUCAAAUAGAAACAGGCUUAACCGAAGCUGUUCAAACAGGUCUAGGCCAAGUCAACGGUAUUACUGUAGCAAUAGG